GCUCUGCGAGCCGAAUCAUGGAUCACACUGAUAAUGAGUUACAAGGCACUAACAGUUCUGGAUCGUUGGGUGGUCUUGAUGUUCGAAGACGAAUUCCUAUAAAGCUCAUCUCCAAGCAAGCGAACAAAGCCAAAACUGCACCUCGAACUGCGAGGACUGUCAAUAGGAUGCCUGCGAAGGCCUCGGCUGGUGAGGAAGAAGGAUUUGAUUAUAAUGAAGAGGAACGAUAUGACUGCAAAGGGGGUGAACACUUUGGAAAUCAGCGAAGAUUUCCUGGACACCUUUUUUGGGACUUUCAGAUAAACAUCUUAGGUGAAAAGGAUGAUACACCAGUCCAUUUCUGUGACAAAUGUGGAUUACCUAUUAAAAUCUAUGGGCGAAUGAUUCCUUGCAAACAUGUUUUUUGCUAUGACUGUGCUAUUUUACAUGAAAAAAAGGGAGAUAAGAUGUGUCCAGGCUGUAGUGAUCCUGUGCAGCGAAUUGAGCAGUGUACCCGAGGUUCUCUCUUCAUGUGUAGCAUUGUUCAAGGGUGCAAGAGAACAUACUUAUCUCAGAGAGACUUACAGGCUCAUAUCAAUCAUCGCCAUAUGAGAGCUGGAAAACCUGUUACCCGAGCUUCGCUUGAAAACGUUCAUCCUCCGAUUGCCCCACCACCAGCUGAAAUCCCUGAUCGUUUCAUAAUGCCGCCAGACAAGCAUCAUAUGAGCCAUAUCCCGCCAAAGCAGCACAUCAUGAUGCCACCACCUCCUCUGCAGCACGUGCCACACGAGCACUAUAAUCAGCCCCAUGAGGAUAUCCGGGCUCCUCCAGCAGAAUUGUCCAUGGCUCCACCUCCACCUCGGUCGGUCAGUCAGGAAACCUUUCGUAUUUCAACAAGAAAACACAGCAAUUUAAUAACUGUCCCUAUUCAGGAUGACUCAAAUUCAGGUGCUAGAGAACCACCUCCUCCUGCCCCAGCACCUGCUCACCAUCAUCCUGAAUAUCAGGGUCAACCAGUGGUAUCGCACCCUCAUCAUAUUAUGCCUCCACAGCAACAUUAUGCACCACCCCCACCUCCUCCACCACCAAUAAGCCAUCCAAUGCCACAUCCUCCCCAGGCCGCAGGUACUCCUCACUUGGUUUAUAGCCAAGCUCCACCUCCACCAAUGACCUCCGCUCCACCUCCAAUAACCCCACCCCCUGGACAUAUUAUUGCCCAGAUGCCACCUUAUAUGAAUCAUCCUCCUCCAGGACCUCCCCCACCUCAACAUGGUGGUCCACCUGUAAGUGCACCCCCUCCUCACCAUUAUAAUCCUAACUCUCUACCCCAGUUCACUGAAGAUCAAGGAACUCUCAGCCCUCCAUUUACACAACCAGGGGGAAUGAGUCCUGGUAUAUGGCCUGCACCAAGAGGGCCGCCUCCUCCUCCACGAAUGCAGGGGCCGCCUUCUCAAACCCCACUUCCUGGACCACACCAUCCAGAUCAGACAAGAUAUAGACCUUAUUACCAAUGAUAAUAGUGUUUUGAACUGAAGAGAUGAGGAAGAAAAAAAAACCCAACAUACAUAGCCAGCCUUUUAAUUAAGCUUUGACUGUUCGGGGAAGGAAGAACACCUCUCACAGAGGGGGCUAUAAAACACUUUAGGGUCUUGUUGCCGAAAUUGGUUUUAAACCUUGAUCUUAGGACUGAUUUCAAGUACUAUACUGUCGUGCAUAUGAGUGGCUCAGUUGAGCACAGCUCUGUUUUAACAACUUUGUUCUCCUAGUGGUAAAACAACCCAGAGGUGACCAUUUGUAAUAUUAUUUCCUGGAAAAAAAAAAGAAUUGUUUGUUUUCAUCGUUCCAUUUGCAAAAGUAUUGCUUUUGUUACAUCCAGUCUUUAGUUUUUCUUGUGAUGCAUUUUGUUAACCUGUGUAAACUGAUUAAAUUUCAAAAUGGUUGUAAA